AAUAACACAUUAUACGUAUAUACUCCCCUGAGCUAGCUCACCAUGAACUCUCAAUGACUACUCUCUCUCAUUGUGCUCUCUUUUUUCUCUUCUCUCUCUCCUUUCUCCCCCUCUCUCUCGUCUCUCUCCCAACCUUCUCCAUCUCUCGCUCUCCUCAUGACAACUCUAUUGUAAUCUGCUCAGUCAUGCAACAGCGCCAUCAGCUCAGCUGCAAGACUUUUGCGCACCAAGUUGAAGAUCGUAAGUAUGAUGAGAUAGGUGAAUUUGAGGGCGUUUCUUUUUCUGGGGUUGUUGGGGGUGAUGGGUAUGUUUGUGGGCUUGAUGAGGAUAGGUCUAAUAUAAUUUGCUGGAGGUUUGGUGGUGGUGAUGGUGUGGUGGUGAGUAAGAGGAUUUAUAGUGGCCCGGUUGUUGAUGAUUUGGCGUCUGGGAGGGAGAGGAUUUGUGGGGUUUUGGGGGGUGGGAGAAGCUUAGAGUGCUGGCAGUGGAGGAAGUUUAAAAGGCCUGGUGCGAAAUUUUCGGGGGGUUUGGCUGUUGGGGGUGAUUUCGUUUGUGGGUUGGUGGGAUUAGGCCAAAUUCAGUGUUUUGGGAAUUUGAGUGGGGUUGGGGGUGGUGUGUUUAGGGGGAAUUACAGUAGUGUGGCUGCUGGUUUAGGGCAUUUUUGCGCGAUUUCUGUGAGGGGGAGGAUCAAGUGUUGGGGGGAUAAUUUGGUGGGUGAUCCGCCUAAGGGUUUGUUUAAAGGGUUGGCUUUGGGGGAUGGGAGGAGUUGUGGGAUUAGAGUUGAUGGGAGGGUGGUUUGUUGGGGGGAGGGUGGGUUUCGUUUGCCUUGGGGUCUUGAGGGGACUAGUUUUGAGGCAAUUGAGGCCAAUGGAGGUGUUUUUUGUGGCGUUGGGACAAAGGAUUAUGGUUUGUAUUGUUGGGGGGAUGAGGUUUUUGAUGCUAAUGGUUUGGUGUUUGAGAAUGUGAUGGCAGGUGUGUGUAGAAGGGAAUGCCCUUGUGGUGCUUCCCCUGGGGCUGGGAGGUUUUGUGGGCAAGGAUUAAUGGUUUGUAAACCAUGUGAUCCUGUGCCUACGGUUGAAAAUCCGGUUCCUGUGUGGGUUCCGGAGCCAGAAAGCAAACAUGGUGGUGUUAAUUGGACCACAAAAAAUGUUGCAUUGCUGGUUGUUGGUUGUGUUGGGACUUGUUCAUCGGUUAUACUUUUGUUUGUCUUGUGUUUUCGUUAUAAAAAGGGAACUAGGGGUUCUCAUCGAGUUCAUGAUUCAGGACCGCUGGAUGAUGUUGAAAUGCCUCCUCAACUGACGAGUCCUAAAGAAGCUGCCCGUGCCCCAGUUCUAGAGAAGAGACUGAGUCAAAUGUUUAGUAUGGAGAAUGGGGGUAACUUGGAAGAUUUCAGUUUCUCCGUCCUAGUUAGAGCCACCAAUAGUUUCUCAGACGAGCACAAGAUUGGGAGUGGGAGCUUUGGCUCAGUUUACCGAGCUACAUUACAAGAUGGGCGGGAAGUAGCUAUCAAACGAGCUCAAUUAACUAAAUGUCCGUCAUUGGAUGGUGCUCGUGGUGGUGUCAAUUACAAUAUUACCAAGCGUCAAGAUGAGAAUGAGUAUGCAUUUGUGAACGAACUCGAAUGCCUGUCACGCCUCAACCACAAAAACCUUGUUCGUUUACUAGGCUUCUGUGAAGAUUGCAAUGAGUAUGCACUGAUCUACGAGUACAUGAACAAUGGCAGUCUCCAUGAUCAUCUACACAAUCCUCAAACCAAUGCUACCAUGUCUUGGCCAACCCGUAUUCAAGUAGCCCUCGAUGCAGCCAGGGGAAUCCAAUACCUCCACGUGUACGCAGACCCCCCAAUCAUUCACCGCGAUAUCAAGUCAUCAAACAUACUCCUCGAUUCCACAUGGACUGCCAAGGUAUCAGAUUUUGGACUCUCCUUAAUGGGGCCUCAAGAAAACAUGUCACACCUUUCAUUACACGCUGCUGGCACUGUUGGUUACAUAGACCCCGAGUACUUCAGAUUACAACAAUUAACAACUAAGAGCGAUGUUUAUAGCUUUGGUGUUCUGUUAUUGGAACUCCUAUCAGGUUACAAGGCAAUUCACUUGAAUGAGGAGAGAAUGCCACGAAAUGUAGUCGACUACAUGGUUCCAUAUAUAGUCCAGGACAACAUUCAUCACGUAUUAGACCCCAAACUGCCCCCUCCGACGCCACUGGAGAUAGAAGCCAUCGCGUACAUUGGGUACCUUGCUACUGAUUGUGUAAUGCUCGGCAGCCAAGAUCGACCAACAAUGUCCGACAUUGUAAAUAGCUUAGAAAGAGCAUUGCUAGCUUGUUUUGCAGCACCAGCAUUAUCUCAUUCUUCCACCAAUUCUUCAUCGUAAAUUGUAGAUAUGCAUCUCUCAAUUCAUAUUGUUUAAUUUAGCUUUAGAAAUUGUUGUAUAGCCAGUUUGUGCAAACAUUUUUGAUGACCAAAGUGAAAAAAAAUAUUACCACAUUACGAAAAAUUUGCUGACGGUGUA